AUGUGUUCAUCAGUUUUUUUAGAGGGGAAAGACACUCGCGGUUCUCGUCAGGCCAUCUCUACAAAGAGCAUCUCUACAAAUCUAGAAACAAUCAGAAACACCUUCAUUGAUGCCAUCAUUGAAGACCUCAGAAAAAGGCGACCGCCUUUUCGAGCUCCUGACAGCGAUUCGAGAGAGUCAAGGAUUUCGAUUAGAGCUGUUUAUAAUGAAAUCUCUGGUGGAUUUAAAGCUUGUUGCUUUCUUGAAAAUUUCAAGGAAGGUUUCAUGAAGCAUGGCAAACUACAUAUGCAGGCAGAACUUCUAUCGAGUAUCUCGAACAACAGGGUGGGGAGUUCCGACGUUUCGAAUAAAGGUUUCCAGGUGAUGUUAAAUAGUCUAGGUCGGAGAAAAGUUCUUAUUGUUGUUGAUGAUGUGGAAGAAUUAGAACAUAUUGAAGCUUUACUUGGAGAGCCACAUUCCUUUGGUGGUGGAAGCAGAAUUAUUAUAACAACCAGAGAUUCGCAAUUACUAAGCAUAGCUGGUGAGAUAUAUAAUCCCCAGAUUUUGAGUGAUUCUGGAGCUCUGGAACUCUUUAGGCGGUACGCCUUCAGAAAAAACCAACCCACCAGAGAUUAUGAUGAUCUCUCCCGUCGUGCCGUAAAAUAUGCUCGAGGUCUGCCUUUAGCACUCAAAGUCUUGGGAGCUUUUCUUUAUAACAAAAAUGUACGCCAGUGGGAAAAUGAGUUAGAAAAAAUAAAGAAAAUCCCGCAAAAGGGAAUUCAUGAUGUGCUUAAAACAAGCUUCGAUGGACUAGAUGACAUGGAGAAGGAUAUCUUUCUAGAUAUUGCAUGUUACUUUAAAGGAAUGAGAGAAGACUGUGCAACCGAAGUUCUGCACAGCUGUGGUUUCUAUCCUGAUAUUGGAAUAAAAGUUCUAAUCGAUCGAGCUCUAGUAACUGUCUCAACGAAGGGGGAACUGGAGAUGCAUGAUUUACUAGAGGAAAUGGGUCAGAAAAUCGUCUACCAAGAAUCUAUCAAAGAGCCUGGGAGACGAAGUAGGUUGUGGAGUUAUGAAGAUGUUUUUCAUGUGAUAACUAAAAAUACGGGUACAGAAACAGUCGAAAGCAUAAUCCUCGAUUCGUGGAACUCAGAUGAGGGAUGCUUAAUGGUUGAAGCUUUUGAUAGGAUGACUAAACUAAGACUUCUCAAGAUCAGUGCUCACGGCAUACAACACCUGACUGGGCCCUUAAAGUUUGUUUCUAGUGAGUUGAGGUGUCUUUCCUGGUCUGGAUACCCUCUCAAGUCUUUGCCAUCCAACUUUCAAUUCGAAAAUCUUGUUGGACUUGACAUGCAAUAUAGCCUCAUUGACCGACUUUGGGAAGGAACCCAGACGCAGGAAAAGUUGAAAUUCAUCAAUUUAAGUCAUUGUCAUAACCUUGAGAUAACCCCUGACUUCACAAAUGUGCCAAAUCUUGAGAGGCUAAUUGUUCAAGGUUGUACACGCUUAGUUGAGGUUCACGGGUCGAUUUUGGCUCUUACAAAAAUUGUUUUAUUGGAUCUGAGUUUGUGCGGGCAACUUAAGAUUCUACCCAGCAAAGUUUGUAUGAGAUCUCUCAAAACCUUUGGUCUUUUUGGCUGCCGGAGUCUUGAGAUGUUUCCGGAGAUUUCAGAAGUGAUUGAGGGGUUAGAAAAGCUUGAUUUAUCCGGGUCAAGAAUUAAAGAACUGCCCCUGUCAAUUAAUAAUCUCACGGGGUUGAGUCAUUUGAACCUAUCAAAAUGCAUGGAACUUAAGAUUCUACCCAGCAAAGUUUGUAUGAGAUCUCUCAAAACCUUUGAUCUUUCUGGCUGCUCCAGUCUUGAGAUGUUUCCAGAGAUUUCAGAAGUGAUUGAGGGGUUAGAAGCGCUUGAUUUAUCCAGGUCAAAAAUUAAAGAACUACCCCUGUCAAUUAAUAAUCUCACGAGGUUGAGUUAUUUGGACCUAAACAAUUGCAAGGAACUUGAGAGUCUUCCAAGCAGCAUUCGUAUGAAAUCUCUCAAAACCCUUGAUCUUUCUGGUUGCUCGAGUCUUGUGAUGUUUCCAGAGAUUUCAGAAGUUAUUGAGGGGUUAGAAGAGCUUGAUUUAUCUGGGUCAAAAAUUAAAGAACUACCCCUGUCAAUUAAUAAUCUCACGGGAUUGAGGUGUUUGCUUAUGAUGAAUUGCAAGGAACUUGAGAGUCUUCCAAGCAGCAUUUGUCAACUCAAAUCCUUUUACCGUCUCUCUCUUUACAAUUGUACAAAAUUUGAGGUGUUUCCAAGCAUUGAAGAAAAUAUGGAAGGAUUAAGAAUGCUUUUCUUGGGUGGAACAUCUAUCAAAGAGCUUUCCCCCUGGAUUGAACGCCUUACGGGGCUUCAGGUUUUAAGUCUGAUAAAUUGCAAAAGACUUGUACACAUUCCUGACACUCUAUGUAAUUUGGCACGCCUUAGCAUAUACACAUAGCUCCGUCCUGGCCCGGGUCCCUCUCCACCCCAACCCCCCAAUUUCUAGGGGUUUUGGGUACUCUGUGCUGAUUAAACACAUGGAUACGAAGCUUUGUUUUGAAGCAAUCAAUCGGACACUACACCGCGUUGCGGCGGCUUUGGUGGCAUUUUCCAAGGAGAGGUACAUAACUCCACCGCAGAAACUGUGAAGAUACUGGUAAUGUCAAUUCCCGAUGCUAACUUGCUAAUGCCACCGGUGUUCCUCCAAUUUGGGUGAAAGGGAAGAUGCAUGAGAUUGUAUCGUCUGGAAUUAGCAGUCUAAAAGGGCACAUCAAGAGGAGGAAUAAAUAAGAGCCUCAACGAUUUCAUCUCCCUCUAUGGAAGAAUGUCCCUUGUACCAGCUGAUGCUAAAGCUGUAGACGCUAGAAUUGAAUGGUUCUGGUAGAUAUUUCUAGCAUCUGUAUAUAUACUGUUUGGAGAAGGACGUUAUCGCGAUUCAGGGCCGGCCCUGUCCCAGUGCAAACAGUGCACCUGCCCAGGGCCAAAAUUGUUUUGGGGCACUUCUUCCUUUGCGAAUCGCGACAGCGGUGACCAGAGCCUUUCUUCCAGACCAGUGCCCUUUGGUCGCAGCUUUCCUUAUCAGCCUCUUGACCUCCGAAAUUGCUGCAGAAAUUGCCCAAAACUCGACUGAAUUUUACAGAAUUGGUCGCUAUCGUUCACCGCUGCAGUCCUCUGUGCGCAGCUCAUUGAGCUUUCUGGGUACUCUUGCUCCUAGCACACAAUUCAGACGAAAGAUGGGUUACUUACUAGAUUUGAGAUGGGAAGGACUAAUAGUAUAGAAGUCGUGUUUGUUAGUGCGAUUUCUGUUUGGUUUGAGAUGUGGAGGACUAUUGAGAUUGCUUUGGUGGGGAUUGUUCUCCGUAACUGAUCCGUGAGUAAAAUAUUGAUUCUCUGGACGCCUGAUUAGUGAAAAGCCAUACUUUCAUAGCUCCUUCCAACAUGUGGACAGAUUACGUCGUACAUUUUGUGUUGUGAUUGCUUCCCUUUACGUUUUUCCGCCAAUCUUCGUGCACCAUUGAUAGUGAUGCCAGUUUUAGUUGCAUGCUCACAUAAAUCUGCCAAAAAUACACAUGUCAGGAUUUUAAAUCCCUUUGUGCGCCAUUUAUUCUGCUAACUUUCAUUU